AUGCGCUCACUCUACCCGCUGGCCAGGAGGUCCAUGGCGGCCUACAAGAUACACAAUGUUACAGUGCCUGAGCCGUACGACUACCUCGAAGACCCCCAGAACGAUGAAACAAAGUCAUUUGUGCAGGCACAAAACGUUUUCUUCGAGGAAUACCUCUCAGCCGAUGCUGAACUCCGCGAAAAUUUUUUUGAGUGUAUCUCAGCGUCGCAAAAUUACCCCCGAACGUCAUGCCCAAGCUUUCGUCACGGUCAAUACUACUUCUACCACAACACGGGCCUUCAGAACCAGAGUGUGUUAAUGCGUGCAAAGAGCCUAACCAACGCGACAUCCAGCGUCUUCCUCGAUCCUAACACUAUGAGUGGCGAUGGUACUACUGCGCUCAAGGCCACAGCCUGGAGUGAGGACGAGUCGCUGCUUGCGUACAGUAUUAGCGAAAAGGGCAGCGAUUGGCAAAGCAUUCGCGUGCGGUGUGCCGACACAGCGGAGGAUACUGCGGACAAUAUUGAGUGGGCCAAGUUCACAGGUAUUGCGUGGUGGCAUGACACCGGGUUCUUCUACACACGCUAUCCCGCCCUCCAGAGUAAUGUGGACAAGGGUGCAGAAACUGACACGGCGCAGGACCCUUUUAUCUGUUUCCACCGCCUGGGCCGCCCGCAGGCAGAGGACGUGGCGAUUCUUGCCGUGCCAGAGCACCCGCAGUGGAGCCUGGGGGCUGAGGUGUCCGAUUGUCAAUCGUAUAUCAUUGUCUCACUGUUCGACGGCUGUGAACCUCGGAACCUUGUUUGGAUUGCAGAGCUGCCCACCAGUGAGGAAGGAAUCGGGUCCACACCGCUGAAGUUCACGAAGUUGGUGAAUGAGUUUGUUGGCAAGUAUGACUACUUGGGAAAUGAUGGAGUAAAGUUCUAUUUUGUCACCACCCGCGACGCGCCGCGGAAAAAGAUCGUCUCCAUAGACAUUUGUAACGGCGACGAGGAUGUUGUCGUCGAAGAACAGCGUUCCGUGUUAAACCACGCUGCACUCGUAAAGAACACGCUUUUACUCACCUACCUCGAGGACGUGAAGGAUGUUCUGUACUUCCGCCGUCUUGAUGAGUCUACGCCGAAUGCAAUUCCUUUGCCGAUUGGUACGAUUGCCUCCCUCUUUGUCGACCGGAAAAAAGACUUUGUUUCUUUCAAGAUGACGUCCUUCCUUCUCCCUGGGCGUAGUUUCGUCAUGGACAUCAACGACCCACUGGGAUCACUUUGCAUCUACAAGGACGAUACGGUUGAAGGUCUAUCCGCCGACGACUUCGUCACGGAGCAGGUGUUUUAUAACUCAGCGGAUGGAACGCGAAUUCCAAUGUUUAUUAUCCACAGAAAGGGUCUUGCUACACCAGAGUCCCCGCUUCUUCUUUACGGCUACGGUGGUUUUAAUAUUUCGCUGACGCCGGGGUUUAGCUCCUCGCGAGUGGUGUUCCUCCAGAAACUCGGUGGUGUGCUGGCGAUACCGAAUAUCCGAGGCGGCGGUGAAUACGGUGAAGAGUGGCACGACGCUGGUAGGCAAGCCCACAAGCAAAAUUGCUUCACAGAUUUCAUUGAGGCCGCUAGGUUUUUACACAGUCAUAGCUACGGCUCCCCUCAGACGACGGCUAUUAUGGGCGGAUCCAAUGGUGGGCUUCUGGUCGCGGCGGCUGCGAAUCAAGCGCCGGAGCUUUUUAGCUGUGUUGUCUGCCAAGUGGGAGUGCUGGAUAUGUAUAAAUUCCACAAGUUUACCAUUGGACACGCGUGGAAAUCAGAUUACGGUGACCCAGAGAAGGAAGAGGAUUUCAAGAUUUUACAGCGGUAUAGUCCGAUUCACAACAUCCGGUCUGGUAUUAAAUAUCCUGCCAUUCUGGUGGUGACAGGCGACCAUGACGACCGUGUUGUGCCUCUCCAUUCGCUAAAAUACCUUGCGACGCUCCAGCAUGCCAACCCGACGGAAGGGGGACCUUUUUUGGCGCGCGUAGAGGUAGCCGCCGGCCAUGGUGCUGGCAAACCCACCAGUAAAAUCAUGCGCGAGGCGGGCGACAUUUACACCUUUAUCACCAAGAGUAUUCACGCGGCGUGGAAGGAGUGA